AUGGGCAAGCAAGGUAGAAUAGACGUCUACCUCGACUGCAGUGAGUAGUCAGUCACUGUACGUGGGAUUACACUAGACCGUACACUAAGUCCAACAGACUCGCCAUGGUCCUUCCACGCUUACAAUUACCUGCGGAGAAAUCGACAAGCCUUGGCUGAGCACGGUGUCACUGUUGAGUAAGAUACCGAAGACUAUAUCAAGGGGUAUCCUCUCGUUGACGCAAUCUCUCAAGAUGCCACCCAGUUUUCCUCGGUGGCAUCAAUGUUGGAUCAGGCAACAAACCUCCUUGGACCCUACCGGCAAAAGCAAAAUACGGAGGUUACGAUGGGAAGCGAGCACAGAAGUACUUCAACAGCGGUGAGCUAUCGCCGCCGCCUUUCUUUCCCAUCAUGAGCCUGCUGGUGAGUACACACAUGGCAGACACCUUUUCAUCCGGAGAGAGCAUGCUGAUCGUUCGCCCACGCCAGCCCAUGCGUUGCAUGCUCUACGCAAAGGAACACUAUCCAUACCAACAAUACGAAGACGCUUUUGGGGAGCUAUGGAUCUUCCUGUGGAAGGAGCACAAGGACGUCUCGAAACCGGAAGUUCUUGCUGAGUGUCUCUCCCGUCAUUUCAAGCCACAAGAUGUCGAGAAGAUCGUUUCGGCUGGUACUGAUACGAAAUAUAAGAAAAUGCUGACUGACCAGACGGACCUGUUGGUGCAAAAGGGCGCAUUCGGAGCGCCGUGGUUUCUGGUGACUAACAAGGAAGGAGUUGAGGAACCUUUCUUUGGGAGUGACCGGUGAGAUGCCCAAGAUGGCAAAUUGGCUCUUCGAUAUUGACGGUGUGCAGAUUUCACUUCAUGUUCCAAUACUUGGGGGUGCCCUUCCAAGAUAUCCAGAUUCUUCCGCCGCCGUCUACGGCAAAGCUUUGA